UACGAUCAACGAAUGUGCCAUUUUAAUGGUUUGUUGUUAUAUGCGCACGGUUUUGUCCCUUGGCAGCGAACGUGCCGUGCUGGAACGUUUAAAUUUCAUUUUUAAGCGUAUGGUGGGUUGUAAUAAAGCUUGUAGGGAUAACAAAAGUGUUUAAAAGCAUCAAUUACAACGCAACCUUAUAUAGGGAUAAUGACGUCCAGAGUGUUGCUGCUUCUCGGCUUAUUAGGCCUUAUAUUACUAAUGCUAGCUGGUUGCGAUUGGAUAAGUCGAUGGGUUGCAGAAUGGAUGUACCGAACGAGUAUCAUCUCUUGGAUUUUGUCAUUUGGCCCAAAUUACAUGUUCUAUUUUGUGGUCGCUACAGUACAAUCAGUUCUGCUAAAUUGGGUAUUUCCAAGCCUUUUGUAUGCAGUAUUACACAUCAAGGUGCAACGUAUGACACUUACUGGUCCGAUCUAUUCUACAUCUAAACUAGAGCUUACGUUUCAAAGUUUUGAAUACUCUAGUCAGGGCAUCUGUAUUCAAAUCAGUAUACUGUGCAUUGAGAUGGAUAUAUUUCCAAUCAGUACCGAAUCACCAUGUAUCUAUAUCUGUAACCCGAAAGUUACCAUUAAUUUCACCAAAGGAACGCAUAAUCGGACGAAAAACGGUUUACCCACAAAUGAUCCUGAAACAACCGCACCGACACAUUUGGAGACGUUUCCAAAUUACUUACAACGUAAAUUGUUACAGUUUUUCUUACGGCGUGUGGAUUUUUCCUUUACAAAUGGCAUUGUGCAAGUUAUCGAUAAGUCACGCCAAUUUCAACUUAAUGUCAAUUUAAACUUCGAGAAAAUUUGGUAUGACAAAUUUAUUGAAUCAAAACUUUUAGUAAUCGGGCUAUGGGCAAGUAUUGAUUUGGUAGAUGCGUUUCGAAAGGCAAACUUUGGUUGCGAAUCUUGCAAAAUUACUUUCUCCAAUUUUCGUAAACGUAGCCAACCGUACAGUGAUAAACUUAUGAACAUACUGUUUGAUCGUCAGCAUUUGGAUUUCAACCUAGAAUUUGUGGAUGCUAGUUUUCACCUAGGGCGCUAUAGAUCAAAAGAAUUUAAAUAUGAGCCUGGUGAUUCAUUUUACGUAAACAUGAUCAAUAUUAAGCUAGUCAACUUUCUAACGGGAACCCAGGAAAAAGGAAAGCUUGAUAUCACUGCGGCGAAACCCGUAUACCUAAGCUAUAACCCUGGAGCAGCAAAAUUCAUUGUAUCGUUUUCUCGCUAUAUGGCUCAAUACCGUUCAACCAAUACAAACCAUCGUGCCAAUGUGGCACCCAUGCCGAUCACUCAGCAAACAUUUCCGGCAGCGUUAAAUAUGAUGAUAGAGGUCACUUUGUGCAGAGUAUCGUUUAUGCUAUGGAACGAGAACAUAUCCUGUUUGUGGAUAUAUUGUGCGGAGCUUAGUAUGAUCAAAUCGCUUGGUGAAACAAAAAUUAAAAUAUCUGACAUGGGCCUGCAAAUGGGAGAUUACCGUAAAGUUGAAAAUUUCACUGGGAUUGGAGAGGAUUUUUUCAGUAUCGAUUCAGAGGAAAACAAUGAAAAAUUAGCAAUUAACGAAAUCAUAAUCAGGCAUGUGAAUCCUCAUGAAGACCACCAGCGUUUGUUCAUUAAUUUGAAGAAUGCUACCAUCACAUGCGAUACGGAUGGUAUAGAUAUAUGGAAACACAUUGGGCAAAUGGUCAAGGAAAUGAGGCAACUCUCAACAGAACUAACCCCACAGAUGCGACCAUUUCCUCUGGCAAGAAGAUCUGCACCGGUUUGUGAAAUACUUGUCAACACUAUUAGGGGUUCAGUUCUUCUGUUCAAAAUACCCACCAUAAAGAUAAAGGUCAAUUACAUGAAAGCUGUUAUCGACAGAAAUAGGCUCGUAAAUGUAUAUGAUGCUGUUAUAACCGUUGCCGUUGCAGCCGACAUCGAGCACAAAUUUCUUUGCUUUGAAUCGCAGGACAAUGAUGGAUGGACAAUUGAUAUUAAUAAUGAAGGUAAAUUGCAACUGAAUAUAGCUACACUGGGCAGGCUGGUAUUCCAUGGACUUGUGCCAGUACAAAAAUUGAAGGAGUUUAUUGAAAUUAUAUUUAGCUAAUUCGACAACAAAGUGUGUAUCUUGCAAUUAUCUCAUUUGUGUACGAUAUGCUAAUAUCUUCCCUAGACAUUAAUUGGUUUAACUUUUAAUUUUUAACCGUUCUAAAGUAAAUAAAAAAAUCUGCGAUCCGACGGGCGAUGUAUCAAUCAAAGAGGGAUUAAUUUGUAAUGAAUUGUAUGAAAUGUUUGUUGAAAAGAUUUGAUGUGAUGAUUUUUUUAAAUCAUGAAUAUUUAAAUCAGACAAUGUACAAAUAAACAAA